AUAUUUUCAGGAAUUUGCCGAUGGAGCCAUCUGAUGAGAAUGAACUCCCGGACCCUUAUGCCAAAGUGAGCAUUUUGCCAGACCGUGUGGCCACGAAGCAGAAAACCACGCAUGUCAAGGACGACAGGAACCCAGUGUUUGACAUUUCGUUUGAAUUUAACGUUGGAAAGGCUGAACUUUGCGCGAGAACCCUGGAGGUCAUCAUAUUAUCCAAGAAGGGCAAAGUCGCGAAAUUGUUCCGGAAGUCUCCAGUUUUGGGACACAUCCGUGUUCCAUUGGGACAGCUGGAAACUGCUGUGGACCACAAGAUGAUAGCGGAGUGGUUUGACCUUUUGCCAGCUAUUGAUGACAUUGACGACUAAAUUGACGGCUCGAAACAAGGAACAAAACCUUUUCUCCUUCCAAUUCAUUGCAUCAGAUGAGAUAUUUCGCUUAAUAGUUUAAAAAAAAAUGAUAGGCUCUCAGUACCAAAGGAACGUUUUUCGUCGCUUUCACAGAUCUGGGAAAAGGAUCUGAAACUCGCUUGUGUCAUAUUUUACGAAAUGCCAAAAUCUUAGCCUAAGAAACUCAACUAGUAUUCUAAUGGCAUUUUUGUUUAUGAAUCGUUUGAGAAUCUUGACCUUAUUGCAACUAACGAGCUGUGUACG